GGUAGAGUUGAGGUUUAAUACUAACGUGAACCUGGAAGCAAACAUGGCCCUACCUAGUUGUUAAUUAACUCUCCUGCUGACGCUGGAAAUCCUACCAAACAGGAAAAGUAGGAGGUGAGCCGAAGCAGGAGCACCAUCUCUCACGGCAGCACGUCGCUAGUGUCAGCUGCCAAAAUGUUAACUGAAGGAGGCUCCUUCAUGAAAGGGAUGGCGAUGGGUGGGGUCUUCUGCUUGGUGCUGUCACUCCUCACUAGUUUCAGCCCCAUCCCCGAGUCCAGAAAAGAGGACAGCCAUCAUCACCAUCACGUCAAAGCUGCUAGUAAAGACGAGCUAAAACGCCUCACUGACAGUCAAGUGCAAGAGUGGAGCAAUCAAGUCAGAGUGUAUUGCAUUAUCAUGGUCCAACCAAAGAUCCUGGUUUACUGGGCUACUGCUGCGGACACGUGGAGCAAACACUGUGACAAGGCUGUAUUUUACACCUCAGAGUCAUCGAAGGCCCUGGAGGCCGUAGACCUGAAUGAAAAAGAUGACUGGGCCAGGUUACGGAAAGCUCUGAAGCACGCUUACGAUAAUGCUGGGGACCUGCAAUGGUUUUUUGUGGCACAACCCACCACAUUUGCCAUCAUUGAGAACCUAAAGCAUCUGGUGCUCACAAAGGAUCCGAGUGAGCCCUUCUAUCUAGGCCACGCAAUGAAGUCAGGGGAGCUAGAGUACGUAUCGUAUGACAGUGGGAUCGUUCUGAGCUACGAAGCCCUGAAAAGGCUGGUGAAUGUGUUUCAGGAUCAGGACAAAUGUCCAGAGAGAGGACGUACACUAUGGAAGCUGAGCGAGGACAAGCAGCUGGCUGUGUGUCUUAAAUAUACAGGUGUGUUUGCAGAGAAUGGGGAAGACGCACACGGGAAAGGCCUGUUUAACAGCAAGAGCAUCGAAAGCCUGAUAUCGGAGAGCAUGAAAGACAACCCCUCCAACGUCGUGGAGGGCUGCUGCUCAGAUAUGGCGGUCACAUUCAACGGGAUGUCACCGAAUCAAAUGCAGGUUAUGAUGUUUGGAGUUUACAGACUUCGUCCUUAUGGACACGAUUUCCGCGACUUGCUGGAGUUUUACCCUCCUGAAGGUUCAGACAAUGACUAAAGGUUCAUUGCUUGGACUGGAUGUGGCAUUUUAAAGUUUUUGCUUCUGUGAUGGCAAACCUAAAGUUUGGGAAAUGGUUUCUCAAGCUGUUUGUAAAACUGGAUCCAGUGUGGGAAUAUUACUUUUAUGUAUUUUGUACCUUUUUGCACAUUCAACACCCCGUUUCUUUUGUGGCGUAGGUAAAUGGAGUCAGUGGAUGUUUUUCACAGCAGACAUUUUCACUCAAUAUGGUAGAAAAUUAACAGGCCUAAUUUUAUUAAUUAAGAAAGACUGCAUUCCAUGUCAGUGUAGAAAACAUGUAAGGAACAAAUCCAUCAUGUUACUAGAAUCACCAAAAUGUUUGCUGUGAAAAAGAUCUAUUGGUUGAACAUGAGCUGGAAAAUAUAUAAAUAUUGUGACAUGAGACAAGAUUAUCUGGACCUUCUAGCUCUUCUUUUGUCUAUAGGGUAAACUGCUUUUAUUAUGUAACUUGAUUUCCAAAAAAAAUAGGCAAAUGUCUGUAACUAUUUAACUGUUGUAUAAUCUUUGUUUCCUCUUAGAAUAUAGCACUGUCUGAUUUAAUGGCUGUAUGUUUGCACCAAUGAUGAUACCACGUUCCAGCCCAACUAAAUGAAGUGCAUUUCUCACCAUGUUAUGCUUGGUUAUCUCCGUGUAUGAAGGACAUGACAUUGUACAAAUUGGCCUUUACAGAUAAAGGAGAAUAAUAUACCUCAGUGCUGAAGCAAGGGUGAAAUAUUUCUUGCCACAUGUUAAAAAAACAAAACAAAAAAAGUGUAAAAUCCAUGUUUCUUUAUGUGGGCCAAUCAGUUUCAGAUCCUCACUGGACUUUUAAAGAGCACACCGGUGUCAAAGUGUCCGGAUGACUCCUUUAAAUAGUGACUUUUGAAUAACUGAAAUUAAAUAAAUCUAAUUUCUGACUUA